AUGAGCAACUUAUCUUGCCCAAAGGUGAUUGCAGAUGUUGGAUGGGUUUGGUUUACUAAACCAUCUAUGAGGACCACGAAUCUUGACAUCCGCGUUUCCAUUGGACCAGAAGUCGAUAUUGGUUGGGUCAGCUCCAUAACUGCCUCUAUCUUCUAUGGCAACGCUCUCAUCGGAGAGGCAACUCAAGAAGAUACAUUUCUCGAGAGCCCAGAGUAUGAUAACACAUAUGAUAUGAAGUUGCAGAAUUUCGAAAUUCAAGACAUGACUGCAUUCAAAAGUCUCAUUCGAAAUAUAAUGCCCAACACAAAGAACAGAUAUCAGCCAGGCUAUAGAAAGCCUAUUGCUGAACUAGAAGUUCUUGAGAAAGGCCACAAACUCGCGGUGGUUGUAAAUCUCUAUGGAACUGGUGUCUUCAAAACCACGGCACCUAGAGUUCAAUUAACUGGCGACUCAAUCCUUAUAACUUUCUCAAUUUCAAACCAGCCUCACGUCGAACUGUGGUUUGAGAAUGCCAAAUAUAUACUUGAGAAAGAUGGAGAAACCUUGGCUCGUUUAACUGGCAGCCUUGAAAUUGAAGCAGACGGUGGUAGUCCCGUCAAUUAUCAGUGUGAGGGAGAACUAAGUUCGUACUGGAAGCAAAGUUCAAACUGCAAAUUUUUCGGAAAAGGAAAAUUAAGAGGCGUUGAUUUGGGAAGUGAUAGCGACACGUGGUUUUGCCAUGCUAUCCGGGAAUUCGAAAUGGAAGUCGAUCUCGACGAAGUGAUCGUUUGUAAGGAUGAAUAG